AUGACAGGUUCUCAGGUUGAAGACAUCCUCAAGCGCCUCCAAGCCAACAAACAUGUGCAAAGUGUAAUAAUUUUUAACGAAGAAGGUCAGAUUAUAAAGUCUACCAUGGAUACCAGUUUAAGUGAAAAGUACUCGGAUUUGGUCACUAAACUUAUUGAACAGACCACGACCGUUAUUCAGGAUAUAGACGAUACUAAUUCUCUUUCCUUCAUGCGCAUACGAACUAAGAAACAUGAAAUUAUGGUUGCACCCG